UUCAUUUUAAUGAUCUUUACAAAAUUUAGCGAUAAUUCGCAAAAUUAUCGUUUGUUGUACAGUAAUUUUUUAUCUGUGCUUCAGUUAUCGCUCGGCCGUUAAUUUCUUUUGCCAUUGUUUUAGCGCGUAAAAGUCUUAUCACAUUACAAAACCGUGCGGCAUUACAGAUUGCUGUAUGGUGAACCAUGAUAAUUUUGCGAACUGGCCGCUUUGCGAUCAGGCAACAGAAACUGCUAACUGAUUUGGUUUCACCGCGGCAACCAAAGCCUUGGCUACAGCCGCUACACCUAGAGAGCAGCUUUUUCAUUACGAGUAUACGUCUGUUUUCUCGAACUACUGUUAAUUUUGUUUCUUAUAAAACCCAGAAAAUGACUACACAUCGCGGCCUGGUUUUGGGCGUGUAUGAUCCCAUCAAAGAGGAUGUCAGUAAAUGCGGAGAAGCAGACAUCGUCGGGACGCCAGCGUUUCAAGACUUCAACACUAAAUUUAAGGGCGCACUAGGCAAAACCCUCAUCAACACCGGGUAUUUCAACGGAAAAAUGAAGCGCGGGAAAGUCCGGAUUUUCCACGGUGUGGAUGACGCGUACACGACAAUCGUGGUGGUCGGUCUGGGGUCGAAACAAGCGGGUGUCAAUGAGCUGGAACAGUGGGACGAAGGGCGGGAAAACGUGCGUGUGGCUGCUGCAGCCGCCAUCCGGCAGCUCCAGGAAAUUAGUUGUACGGAAGCUGAACUUGACACCUUCGGCGAUGAUGAAGCUGCCGCGGAAGGAAGCUUUCUCCAAAUGUAUUCUUUCGAUGAACUAAAGCAUCCAGACAAAAGAAAGCAGGCCAUAAGCCUGCGACCGCUGGAAAAAAGCCGCAAUGGUGAAUGGGAUUCCGGCGUGUUGCUGGCCGAAGGCCAGAACUAUGUUCGCACUCUGAUGGAGACGCCUUCCAACCUGAAACUGCCUCCUGUGCUGGCCGAACGAAUCGCUAAGGACCUUUCAUCUGUUCCUAACCUCACGGUGACUAUUCGCGACGAACAGUGGGCCGAGCAGAAGGGUAUGGGCGCAUUGCUUUCGGUGUCGCACGGAUCCAGCGUGCCGGCACGGUUGUUGGAGAUUUCCUAUAAAGGAUGCGGCGGGGAUGAUUACCAUGCCAUUGUAGUGGGGAAGGGAAUUACGUUUGACACUGGUGGGAUUUCCUUGAAGCCGGCGGCUAAUAUGGAUUUGAUGCGAGGCGAUAUGGGUGGUGCGGCUUGUACUGCCGGUGCCUUGCUGACGGUUGCCAAGCUGAAGCUUCCCAUUAACUUAUUGGGGCUGCUACCUAUCGCGGAGAACAUGCCCGGCUCAACGGCAACGCGUCCCGGCGAUGUUGUCCGCGCAAUGAAUGGGAAAACGAUUCAAAUUGAUAACACGGAUGCAGAAGGACGUUUGAUAUUAGCAGACGCGCUGUGUUACGCCCAAGAAUUUAAGAGCAAGUUUAUCGUUGAUUUGGCCACCUUGACUGGCGCCAUCCGCAUUGCUCUUGGAGGAGCGGCUGCAGGCGUUUUCACGAAUAAUACCAAAGCCUGGCAGCUGAUGCUGCAGUCUUCGAUUCGCACAGGUGAUCGGGUGUGGCGUAUGCCACUAUUUAAAACGUAUGCUGAUAAGAUGACUGACUGUCACUUGGCGGAUAUUAACAACAUCGGAGGCGCCGGAUUGGGUGGCUCAUGUACGGCUGCGGGAUUUUUGUCGGAGUUUAUAAAGAAAGACACCAAAUGGAUGCACAUGGAUAUCGCUGGAGUCAGCGAAAACAAAGAGGAAGUGCCGUAUUUGCGGAAAGGGUUCACAGGUCGACCGCUGCGGACCUUGGUGCAGUUCGUGCAACAGUUAGAAAAGGAAACUUUGUGAUAUACACGCUGGUAUACGUUUCUGUUGCUGUACAGCUGAUGGCAGCAGAGAGAGGGUGCCACAUAUUUAUUUUGUAUUUGAGUUGGAAAUAGUGUUUAAAUUUUUUUGCUGUUUUCGGUGCGUUUGCCGCACAAGCAUACGAAUGCAUAUGUUUAAUUAUCGUCAGGUUCGUUAUACAGCUGUUAGUAUCCAAGAAGAAGAACAGGACCGCAGA